AUGACGAACCAAUCUGAAGGAACAAAUAAGAGGGACUUUAGCACGGCCAUUCUCAACCGCAAGAAGGCUCCAAACCGCCUUAUUGUGGAUGAAGCUGUGAUGGAUGAUAACUCUGUCGUCCAACUCCACCCGGAGACCAUAGAGAAGCUCCAGCUCUUUCAUGGCGAUACGGUCCUGAUCAAGGGAAAGAAAAGGAGAGAUACAAUCUGCAUUGCAACUGCUGAUGAUUCCUGUGAAGGACCAAAGAUAAGGAUGAACAAGGUUGUGAGGAACAACCUUAGGGUUAGGCUAGGUGAUGUUGUUUCCAUUCACCAGUGCGCUGAUGUCAAGAAUGGAAAGCGUGUCCACAUUCUCCCAAUAGAUGACACCAUUGAAUGCAUGACUGGAAAUCUAUUUGAUGUCUACUUGAGGCCUUAUUUCCAAGUGACCUACCGCCCGGUGAGGAAAAGUGACCUUUUCCUAGCCAGAGGAGGAAUGAGGAGUGUAGAGUUUAAGGUUGUUGAGACUGACCCGGCUGAGUACUGUGUGGUUGCUCCAGACACCGAAAUCUUCUGCGAGGGUGAACCUGUUAGAAGGGAGGAUGAGGAGAGAUUAGAUGAGGUAGGGUAUGAUGAUAUCGGUGGUGUUAGGAAACAGAUGGCUCAGAUUCGCGAAUUGGUUGAGCUGCCUCUGAGGCAUCCUCAGUUGUUUAAAUCGAUUGGAGUCAAGCCACCAAAGGGUAUUCUUCUCUAUGGUCCUCCUGGAACAGGCAAGACUUUAAUUGCAAGAGCUGUUGCUAAUGAAACCGGGGCGUUCUUUUUAUGCAUCAAUGGACCAGAAAUCAUGUCCAAGAUGGCUGGAGAGAGUGAAAGCAACCUCAGGAAAGCUUUCGAGGAAGCAGAGAAGAAUGCGCCAUCAAUCAUAUUUAUUGAUGAGAUUGAUUCAAUUGCUCCCAAGAGAGAGAAGACUAAUGGGGAAAUUGAAAGGAGGAUUGUUUCCCAGCUGUUGACACUUAUGGAUGGCCUAAAGUCUCGAGCACAUGUGAUUGUGAUGGCAGCUACUAAUCCUGAUAGGUAG